CAAACCAACUAAUGCAAAAAUUGUCUCUUUUGGUGAUCAGAUCAGUUAUUGUUCCAGACCAUCCUGCCUAAGAACACCCAGCAUUAAUCCUAAGCCAUGGCUCAUCCUUUGAUGAAAGAGAACGUCUGGUACGAGAGGAACAAGUUCCAGGAGGCAGAGACCAAGUAUCAGGAACAGGUGGCUUCCAAACACAGUGGACUCGUUGUACAGAAAUCGGAUGGUCCGGCCAGCAAUCUGGUCAGCGAAAUUGCACGCGCACGUCAGAACAUUCAAACCUCAUUGAGUGCUGGAGUUGGUCUUAGUGUUGGCGUAGGUGUAGACAACCCAGAGAUCUUGGCUCGUUUGUCUGCAGUAGAGAAGGAGAAUGCAGACCUUAAAAAAAUCACAACCGAUCUUCAAGCUGCUGUUGCCAAGCUGACGGAGCGUCUGAGUGCCUUAGACACAUCCUCUACAUCGGCUGCAUCCAAACCAGCAACGGCCAAACCAGUCCAGAAUGGCAAAGCCAAAGCCGACGACGACGAUGAUGAAGAUGAUGAUGAUGAUGACUUUGACCUGUUUGGAGAUGACGAUGAUGACGAAGAGGAGGAAGAGAGUGAAGAGAAGAAGAAGCGGACACAAGAACGUGUAGCAGCGUACCAGGCCAAGAAGUCCAAGAAGCCUGCUCUCAUCGCAAAGUCUAACAUCAUCCUCGACGUGAAACCGUGGGACGAUGAGACGGACAUGGCCGAGAUUGAGAAGGCCGUGAGAACUGUGGCUAUGGACGGUCUACUUUGGGGUGCUUCUAAAUUGGUACCUCUAGCCUAUGGUAUUAAGAAGCUCCAAAUCACAUGUGUCGUGGUGGAUGACAAGGUGGGCACAGAAGAUCUAGAAGACGCUAUCACAGCAUUUGAAGAUCUGGUCCAGAGUGUAGACAUUGCUGCAUUCAACAAAGUCUAAGUCGCUACCAACCCAUCUAUCAUCGCUAUACCAACCCUCCAGGAUGCUAUUUUUACUA